AUGCCACCUAAAGACCAACCCUCGGAGAAGACAGAUAGGCAUUGCACACUCGAAGUAGAUGGGGAUUUUCUUUCCGACUUGAACUCCUGUUUAUUACUGGAAACAGCCAUUCACAUGAGUGUUGGCAAGGUGGAAUCGAUAAUGGCUGGACUGGGGUUUGCGGAUGCUACCAUUAGAGGUUUGUCACAAAACUCUUUCAUUGCACACUUUCCUAAUACUGUUAAGCUGGAUGAACUAGACCUAGACUUCAUGAGUAUUGGAUUCACUGCCAUUAAUAAGGUUAAAUGGGACAAUACAAUCCCAAGUAGAAGGGUAGAUGUUGAGUUUAGAGGACUGCCACUUAUAGCUUGGACCUCUCAGAACUGCAAAUUAUUGGUCGAUAAGUGGGGGGACAUCCUUAAUUAUUACCCAAUUAUUGAUUGUGAAGGGUUCUAUCAAGUACCAAGAAUUAGAUUGGAAACUAAAUGCACCUCGUGCAUAAAUGAAUCAGUCUCCAUAUCAGUAGAAGGUAAAACGUGGAACAUUAAAAUUGUGGAACUAGUAAGUGAUAAUCAGGAUAUUUUGGAAGAGCAUGAGGAGGCAAAAGUAGUGGAUCUAACUACACCGACACAACCCAAGGAGAAUGUGAAGGUAGGGGAACCAAAGGAAGGGGUGAAGACUCAAACAGAGGAUCCAGAUACUACUCAAAGCAUUGCUAAGAACUCAGACCAAGCAGUCACAGGACCAGAAGAGGUGGCUUCUCCAGACGACUUACAAGAUAAAGACUAUGAAAACCAAAAUGAACAGGAACCUGAAGAACUUGAAGAUAGCUCAGGAUCGCUGAUUAAUCCUGUCACCCCCCCGACAUUGUUAUGCGAAGAGGACAUUGAAGGUGCUGACCUUGAAGGACACCCAAAUGUAAUAGAGGAGGAUGAGGGGGUAAAAGAUUGGAACCUCAAAUGGCAGAUUAGAGAUAUAUCGAGUGAUGAAGCCACUGCAACUCACUCGAUUCAAUCGCAAAAAUCUUCUAUUCUGAACGAAGAUCUAGUGGAAGAAGUGGACAAUUGUGCCUUGCUCACUAGUAUUAACAAUAUGAGAAUCAAAAGCAGAAGAGGUAGGCCUUCUAAAGGUAAAGCUAAAGCAAAAGAAAUCAGAGCUUUCAAGGUGCCUAGACGCCGUAAAAUCAAAGGCAUGAAACUAGGACUCCCUGUGAUAGUAGCUAAUCAAGGGACGUUUGAUGAAGCUAAAUUUGUUUACGAAUCAGCCCUGAAUAUGGGACUGAUACCAGACCACACAGAAGAGAAAAGUCUUCAACUGAUAAGAGACAAUUUAGAUAGUAAAGCAAUGAUACUAUGUCUUCAAGAGACAAAAAGAGCCCAGUGGAAUGAAAAAAUGAUUGGUUCGUUAGGAAUCACUGGGGAGGCUCAGUGGAUUGAUUCUCCCUCUCAAGGCCUUUCUGGCGGCCUUCUUUUGGCUUGGGAUAGAUCAAUUAUUGUGACUUCUGAUAUGGGGUGCCACCAAAACUGGCAGUGGAUUAUUGGAUCUCAGAUAGGGUGUGCUGGUGAAUUCUUAUGUGUUAACAUAUAUGCCCCUCAAAAGAGCGUUCAUAAGCAAAAGCUGUGGUUAGAGAUCUCCUCCUUUUUACUCUCAAAGUCUAAUUUGCCAUUAGUUGUCCUUGGAGAUUUUAAUGUCGUUCUAUCUGAUCUAGAAAGGGAAAAUUGUAUCUACAAUGAUAGAGACACAACAGCCUUACUAGCAUUCAUGAACGACAAUGGUCUGUCGGAUGUUCCCCUGAAUAAUGGUUUGUUUACUUGGUUUGGUCCUGAAAACAGAAAGAGUAGACUUGACCGUGCUCUGAUCAACUCAAAAUGGAAUAACACAGGUAACUGGUCGCUCCAAGGGCUUAAUAGAAAAUCCUCUGACCAUCGCCCAAUAUUUCUCUCUAGCAACAAGUCAGAUUGGGGCCCUCGUCCAUUCAGAUUGUUCAACUGCUGGCUUCAAAAUGCUGAAUUCCUAAGAAGUCUGGGUGAAGUGUGGAAGGCAAAUUCGACCUCCUCUCUCAACACUCGUUUUAGAGAAUUACGCAGGUAUGCCAGGAUGUGGAACCAAAACUCGAAUGGUAACGUGGAUGCCAAGAUAGCUAAACUGGAGAAAGACCAAGAGGAGGCUGACGACAAAAAUGAGGCACAGAGUAUAAAAAAGAAAAUAAAGGCAGAAUUGGAGUUAGCUUAUGAGCAUAAAUCGAGCAUGUUGUGCCAACUUUCAAGAAUGAACUGGCAAUUGCAUGGGGAGCGUAAUUCAAGAAUCUUUCACAGAGCCAUUGCGGGCAGAAAUCGAGUCAAACUCAUCCAUGCUUUAGAGAUGAAUUCAGGAUGGACUACAGAACCUAACAUAAUCAAAAGAGUCUUCUUCAACCACUUUCAAGACUUCUUCUGCAGACCCCCUGCUGAUCGAAUUUUCUCCCUUCAUCAAGGACUUCUCCCAAGUCUUUCUAACGAAGGCAGUAAACUCCUAGUCGAGGAUUUCACUGAAUUAGAAAUCUGGCAGGCUCUGCAAGCCUCGGACUCGAACAAAGCGCCGGGACCUGAUGGUGUUAAUCCAGGGGUACUGAAAGCACUCUGGCCAACAAUAAAAGGAGAUAUCUGCAGCACAUUCAAUAUCUUCCAUUCCUCGGGAUUCAUUCCUCCGGGAUCUAACUCUUCGUUUAUAGCUCUAAUUCCGAAAAAGAGUGCUGCUUCAAAGCCUUCAGACUUCCGCCCUAUUUCUUUAAUGAAUUCAAGCAUGAAACUCAUCUCCAAGGUCUUGGCUAGAAGGUUGAGUCCUUUCAUGAACACUCUAAUUUCCCAUACUCAGACAGCUUUUGUAAAAGGAAGGCAAAUCUCAGACGGUAUUCUCCUCACUUCAGAAAUUUAUCACUCUCUAAAAUCAGCUCGUAGCAGGGGUCUUAUUCUGAAAAUUGACUUUGCAAAAGCGUUUGAUUCUAUAAACUGGGGAUUCCUAUUUGAGGUAAUGGAACUAAUGCAGUUUGAUUCGAAGUGGAUCCACUGGAUCAGAAAACUUUUUGAUUCCUCGAGGGUAUCGAUCCUAGUUAAUGGCAGCCCUACGGAUGAAUUCCACCCUACCAGGGGUCUCCGUCAAGGAGAUCCUUUAUCUCCUCUCCUAUUCAACCUUAUUGGCGAGGCUCUCUCAUGUUUACUCAAAUCUGCUCAUAAUUCAGGGUUGUUUAAUGGAGUAUCAGUAGCCGGCUACCCAGAAAAAAUUUCUCACCUACAGUUCGCGGACGAUAUUAUUUUAUUUGUGGCAAAUGACUCUCACUCAGUUCGCGGGAUCAAGGCAACACUUAAAAUCUUUGAGGUAAUUUCAGGGCUAAAGAUCAACUAUGGGAAAAGCAAACUGUAUGGAUUCAAAGAAAGUCCUGAGCAACUUAAGCAGUGGGCUGAUUGGUUAGGUUGUUCCAUCGGUAAUGACCAAUUCACUUAUCUAGGUGCUACUAUCGGCCAGUCACCAAAGAAAUCCAUCUUCUGGAAACCACUUGAGCAGAAAUUAGUAUCUAAACUGCAAAAAUGGGACUCAGCUAAUGUUUCAAUGGCGGGCCGAUUGGUUCUCCUUCAAUCUGUGCUUGAUAGCUUGCCGUCGUAUUGGUUCAGUUUGUUUAAAAUGCCUCAAAAAACUAUCAAGUUCAUAGACAAGAAGCGAAGACAUUUCCUGUGGGGAGGUAAAUCAGAUACGGCAAGAAAAAUGCACCUCUUAAAUUGGGAACGCCUCUGCAUUCCAAAACAUUCUGGUGGUUUAGGCAUUGCCCCCCUCGAAGCUAGAAACAUUUCACUAUUAGCUAAAUGGUGGUGGAGAUGCUACUCGCAAAGAGACCACCUCUGGAACAAAAUUUUAUCUCGAAAGUAUGGAGAAAAGAUUAGGUUCAAUCUUGGAUCCCUGGCUGGAAGUCAAGGCAUUUCCCCGAUUAUGCAAGGCAUUUCUAGCAUUCGAAACAACAGAGCUGUGGAACCUCUUCUUAAGGAUAACAGUUUUAAAUGGAAACUCGGGAAUGGGGAGUCGAUUUUUUUCUGGGAAGAUUGGUGGAGGGGGGACAGACCUCUAUCGUCUUUAUACCCUCGAAUAUAUACCCUUUCAAGUUUGAAGUUUAAAUCAGUUGCUGAGUUUUUAGUUCUUUGGACUGAAAAUGGCCUCAAUUCAAUCAUCUGGCAAGAUGGUAUUAUCCCCACUGAUAUGGCAGAAAUUUCAUCAUUGAACGACUUAAUCGAUGACCUCCAAGUUACACAUCAACAAGAUACCCUGGUUUGGCUAGGGGACAAGUGUUCUUUCUCCUCUAAAGUCAUCCUAAAGCGCAUUGUGCCUGCUAGUACUUCUUCUAACCCCAGGCAAAGAAUUUGGUCACUAAUUUGGAGUCUCAAAGUUCCACCGAAGAUUAGAAUAUUUCUAUGGAAAAUUCAAUGGGGAGUAUUACCAACCAAAUCUUUACUUCAUUCCAGGAUGCCAGACUUAAAUCCAAUGUGUGUUAAGUGUGGUAACAGGGUUGAGACUUUAAAUCAUCUGCUUUGGGAGUGUGAAGUGGCUAAAUGGGUGUGGAAAUUUAUAGCAAUUUGGUGGAAUUUAGAAUCAAAAUUCAGAAGACUAAAUUCCUUUUCACUCGAGAUUAUUAUGUCAUUCCAACGUUCAGCGGUUUCAUCAAGAGUAUGGCACACGGUUGUUGCAGCGGCAGUUUGGUCCAUUUGGCUGGCAAGAAACGAGCUGGUAUUCCAAUCUACCUCGCCUUCUCGCUCAUGCCUUCUCAACUUAAUUUUCACCAGAAUCAGCAAAUGGGGUGAGGCCUCUAAACUGAUUCCUUUUUCAGCUGACCCACUUUGGAAAUCCAACCCCAAUGGAGCUGUGGCAAUUUAUUUCAAUAAACUGAAUACGGAGUACUGGAAUUAUAAAAUGAUGUCACAUGACUUAGUAUGUGCAGUGGAUGGUGCUUGGGGUGAGUGUGUGGAUGGAUCAUUUAAAGGUGCAAUUGGUGGUCGAGUUGUAAAUAAAAAUAAGAAAAUUCUGCAUGUUUUCUCGAUACCAGUACAAGUGGAAAAUGGUCUUCACGCUGAACUGGAAGCUCUAAUCUAUGCUAUAGGACUGGUCUCUAGCCACUAUCCCAAGGUCGCUAGAUAUGCAAUUUGUUCUGACUCUAAGGAAGCUCUUCAGUUAAUCCGGAAUAGGGAGGAAGUAGGCAAUAUCCUGCAACGUUCAAUUCCAGAUUUUAUUCCCCUUCUGGAUUCUUCAGUCAGCCUAUACUAUGUCUCCAGGGAACUCAAUGUUGAAGCAGAUGCUCUAGCUAAAAAGGGCAUCCAAAGAAUUGCACCAGCUUUAUUCUGGGACAUUGGACAGCAAAGCUACGAAAUGAUAGACUCUCAGGAAUCGAAAUCUCCAUGA